AUGGAGUCGCCAGGAUCUUCCGCCUAUCUAGAGGGUGCCUCUACAGGCACGAUCAACCGAAGCGUUGUCGUCAACUUUCCUCGCCCCGAGUCCCAAGGCAGGCCGGCUUCCCUGCCGAUGUAUCCCGAGCCUCCGGCCGUGACGGCAAACACGGUAACUAUUGCCAGCACUGAAAAGCCUCUUCUUGGGCCUGUUGGGCCCGUCGAGAUCCUUCCCAAUCCCCUCAUCAACGACAUGGACGUCAAGACCAUCAAGAAGGGCAUUUUGAUUCCGCUCAAAACGACACUAGAAGUUCAGCAAGACCACACAGUUGACCAAGUCUACGUCACCCGUGUGCCGACGAAGUGUACUAAUGAGGUUAUUAACCUCUUGCGCAAGUUUCUUCCUGAAGACCGAGUUAAGAGCAUGGUCCAUCUACGUAAAGUCGUUAAGCCGUCCGAUCUUCCUGCCCAUCUCAAGACCCAGUUCAUGAAUGAAAACGAGGUGGGAAGGCAGAUCCAUACGGGCAAGUCCUCAUGGGUCUACAUUGUCAUCGGCGAGGUUAAGUUGAUUGAAAAGGAGGAGGUGUGCAAGACUUUGGCGGCCUUCGACGGAAUGGAAGACAAAUUCCUGACCCAAGUCACGGUCCCUGCCAACCCACCAAGCUCACAGAUCCAUGCCGCGAUGUGGUCGUCACAGUUCUGGCCGACGGUGUACCGCAAGAAUAACCCUCUCGGACCUCACCCCAGUCUGAUAUCUCGAGCAACCGAAGAGAUUAAGAAUGACACUGCUCUAUGGAUGGCUGUAGCUUACCGCGUCGCCCGACGGGCCCAGGAGUCGGGCAUUGGAGAAGCUAUUGGCGCCGUCAUCGUUCAGCGCAGUGAGGGCAGGGCUCAGAUCCUGGGCGUCGCCGGAGAUGCACGAUGGGCUGGGGAUGUUCCCAAAUCAGCCACCGGCAACCCAAUGGCGCAUUCCGCUCUGAGGGCCAUAAGCAUGGUGGCCCAGAAACUGGUACGUCAUGAACGGCGAGCGGCUGGUCGACCUAUCGAAGACCCCAACCUAGAUUUCGACCCCUUCCAGGACCGACCCCUACUAGAAGAGGAACACUCCGCAUAUCAAGAGGAUCACCCAAAUCCGGAUGGCUACCUAUGUCAUGGGCUGGAGCUAUACCUUACACAUGAGCCCUGCGUGCAGUGCUCUAUGGGUAUCCUUCAUUCUCGCAUGGGCAAAGUUGUCUUUGCCCAGCGACACACUCUCACCGGGGGCUUCUGUUCGGAAGUCCGGGGUCAAGAUCUGCCGGACGUGCCCGAGGGUUCGGCGGGCGAUGGGUUGGGGCUAUUUUGGCGACGGGAGCUCAACUGGAGUCUCCUCGCCUGGGAAUGGGAGCCUGGAUCGGACUUGGAUCCUCUUCCCCCCAUUGACCGCUUUGUGCAUGCUUAG